UGUGACCCCUUCUCAUUGUUUGUCAACAGAUGCCAAACGUCUUAUUGGGCGUCGUUUUGACGACUCCGCCGUCCAAGGGGACAUGAAACACUGGCCCUUCGAAGUCAUAAACGAGAGCGGCAAACCUAAAAUCAAAAUCAGCUACAAGGGAGAGGAGAAGACCUUCUACCCCGAAGAAGUCAGCUCGAUGGUCCUCACCAAGAUGAAGGAAACCGCCGAAGCAUACCUGGGCAAGACCGUAACGAACGCAGUCAUCACUGUCCCUGCAUAUUUCAACGAUUCACAGCGUCAGGCUACCAAAGAUGCCGGUACUAUCUCUGGCUUGCAGGUGUUGCGUAUCAUCAACGAGCCCACUGCCGCUGCUAUCGCUUACGGCCUGGACAAGAAGGGACAAGGCGAGAGGAACGUACUCAUUUUCGAUCUGGGUGGCGGUACUUUCGAUGUCUCCAUCCUAACGAUCGAGGAUGGUAUUUUCGAAGUGAAAUCGACGGCAGGAGAUACUCACUUGGGAGGUGAAGAUUUCGACAACAGGAUGGUGAACCACUUUGUUCAAGAAUUCAAGCGCAAGUACAAGAAGGACUUGACGAGCAACAAGCGGGCGCUGCGUCGUCUGAGAACCAGCUGUGAGAGGGCGAAGCGUACUCUGUCUUCUUCCACCCAGGCUAGCAUUGAAAUCGACUCGCUCUUUGAGGGUAUCGACUUCUACACUUCGAUCACCCGAGCUAGGUUCGAGGAGCUCAACGCCGAUCUGUUCCGAUCCACCAUGGAGCCCGUGGAGAAAUCUAUCCGUGACGCCAAGAUGGACAAGUCUCAGGUGCACGAUAUUGUCCUUGUGGGAGGUUCGACUCGUAUCCCCAAGGUGCAGAAACUCCUGCAGGACUUCUUCAACGGCAAAGAGCUGAACAAGUCGAUCAAUCCGGAUGAAGCCGUCGCUUAUGGAGCCGCCGUUCAGGCCGCUAUCUUGCACGGUGACAAGUCUGAGGAGGUUCAGGACUUGCUGUUGCUCGACGUCACGCCACUGUCUUUGGGUAUCGAAACUGCCGGAGGGGUCAUGACUGCUCUCAUCAAGCGUAACACCACCAUUCCAACUAAACAGACCCAGACCUUCACCACCUACUCUGAUAACCAGCCCGGAGUACUCAUUCAGGUGAGUUUCUCGUUUGACUUGAGAUUUUAUAUUUGGGGGGUCAUAAGAAGGUCCCAUCUUGGGCCAAAAAUCGAAGUCACCUUCGACAUUGACGCCAAUGGUAUCUUGAACGUGACGGCCAUCGAGAAGUCCACCAACAAGGAGAACAAGAUCACCAUCACCAACGACAAGGGCCGCCUCAGCAAGGAAGACAUCGAGAGGAUGGUGAACGACGCCGAGAAGUACAGAGGCGAAGACGAGAAGCAGAAGGCCACCAUCACCGCCAAGAACCUGCUCGAGUCAUACUGCUUCAACAUCAAGAGCACCAUGGAGGAUGACAAGAUCAAGGACAAGAUCAGUGAGAGCGACAAGACCACCGUGAUGGAGAAGUGCAACGAAGUUAUCGCUUGGUUGGAUGCCAACCAGUUGGCUGAGAAAGAGGAGUAUGAGCACAAGCAGAAGGAGCUUGAGAACAUCUGCAACCCCAUCAUCACGAAGCUGUACCAGGGCGCCGGUGGGGCGCCAGGCGGUAUGCCCGGCUUCCCAGGAGCCGGAGCUGCUCCAGGAGCAGGCGGAGCCGCAGGAGGCCCAGGACCUACCAUCGAAGAAGUCGACUAAAUCAUUCCAUUUGUUCCCGUCAGUAUUACUUACUACUUGCAGACAAAGCUUUCCAUUGUACUUUUUUUACUUGUUUCAUUUCACCAAAGAUUUUUUUUUUCAUUGGAAAAUGAUUGUACUACAGAUCUGUUUUGAUUAAAAUUUCAAAUCCAUA